AUGAAGUUGUUUCUACAAUCAAUUAUUCUCUGUUUCUGCGCUUUAAUUGCAGUAGCUGAGAAGCUAACUCAAUUAGAAGUAGGUGUCACUAAGGAGCCUGCCGAAUGCCCAAUAAAAGCUUCAAAAGGUGAUGUUGUGUCUGUUCACUACACUGGUAGAUUGAGAGAUUCUGGAGAAGUCUUCGAUUCAUCCUAUAGCAGAGGUGUCCCAAUUCAAUUCCAAUUAGGUUAUGGUCAAGUCAUCAGUGGCUGGGAUCAAGGUAUUUUAGGUAUGUGUGUAGGUGAAGGUCGUAAGUUGCAGAUUCCAAGUGAAUUAGGAUAUGGAUCUCGUGGUGCAGGGAAUGUUAUCCCUCCAAAUGCAGACUUAGUUUUUGAAACUGAAUUAGUGGAUAUUAAGAGGGAAAAUUCCAAUGAUGAGUUGUAA